UGACAAGUUCAGUAAUAGAAUCUGUAAUGGUAUUUGUACUGUUAGUGCUCACCAUGACUGGAGGUUCAGAUGGUGCAUGGUGCGUAUGCAGGCAAGAUGUGAGCGAUUCAACCUUGCAGAAAACAAUAGAUUAUGCUUGUGGAGCUGGUGCUGACUGUAGCCCUAUAAAUCAGAAUGGAGCUUGCUUUAAUCCCAAUACUGUGAAAUCACACUGCUCUUUUGCUGUUAAUAGCUAUUAUCAGAGAAAAGGGCAGGCUCAGCAGGCUUGUAACUUUGCAGGCACUGCUGCUCUCACUCAACAAGACCCAAGUUCAAUUGGCUGUACUUUCCCUGCAUCGAGUGGUGCUGGCAUAAGCAUUGGCAACAACAAUGGAGCUGGAAUGGGAGCAGGAAAUGGCGUGAGCCCAGUCGCCGGUUCCGGUUCCAGUGCUGGAACAGGAACGGGAACCGGCGGCACCGGAACCGGAACCGGAACCGGUGGCACUGGAACGUUUCCAACACCCAUUGGCACCAUCCCAGGCUCGGUAUCUCCGAGCACUAUGAACUCAACAAGUUCAGGAGUUGGAGGAGUAAUGGGAGGUGAAGGCCCUUCUGGAAAUGUCAUCUCUACUGAUAGCAGCAAUGGUAGCUUCAUUUCGGUAGCAGAAUUGAGUGCUUUAGUUGUUUUAAUCUUCUCAGUAGUAGUUAUGUUAACAGUUUAAUUUCCUUGCUUUGAUAAUUGGCUUAGACUAUUGCUCCAAUGUUGUGACACUACUGGUGUAAAUUAAAGAGGGAGGAUUAUAUAUAUAUAUAUAUGGGGGAAAUUUAGCUUGAUCUGCAUAGCGAUGUUGCUGCU